AUGUCAUUAUUCAAAGAUUAUCAAGUAGGAUGGAUUGGUCUCGGUAGUAUGGGCUUAGCCAUGGCCACUCGCGUUCAGGAUCAUCUCCAAACCGAGGGCCUACCAGGGCUGCACUAUUUCAAUCGCACUGCGUCUCGCGGCCAGCAGAUUCUGGAUCGCGGUGCAAUCCAGUGUCAAUCAAUAGACGAGCUCGUGCAGAAAAGCGAUGUCAUCUGUAUUUCUAUGAGUGACGAUAAUGCUUUGAAAAGUGUCAUUCAGCAGAUUUCUAGUUCAGAAAGCGACCUCACAAAAAAGACAAUUGUGGAUACAACGACAGUCCACCCUUACACGACCAAAGAAGUCGCAGCAUCGGUGUCACAGCGCGGAGUUUUGUUUGUCGCAGCACCGGUAUUUGGACCCCCGCCCAGCGCUGCAACGGGCGAGUUGAUGAUGGCCCUUGCUGGCCCGCGAAGAGAAUUCCUGGAUGUGCUUGCGCAGGCAUUUAGAGGUGUCAUUGCGAAUGAUGUUCUCAUUGUGUCCGAUUUGCCAGAAAAGGCAGUAUUGCUCAAGACACUGGGGAACUUUGUCGUUGCCGGUAUUAUGGAAGUUGUCUCGGAAGCUCAUGUCCUUGCUGAAAAAUCAGGGCUAGACUCUCAGUUAUUCGAGUCCUUUCUGGGAAAGAAAUUCGGAGAUAUUGUCUACUCGGACUCAAACCGACUUACCACUGGCGUAUAUAUUCCCGAGAAAGGCCAAAAAGCAAUGUCUGAUCUCCAUCUCGCCAUCAAGGACGUUCAGCAUGGAAUUGACUCGGCAGAAGCAGUAGGUGCAAGACUCAAAGUAGCUGAAGUAGCAAUGGACAAUCUCAAGAGAGCAAGGGACUACUCUGAAGCUCAUGGUGGAAGAGCGCUGGAUUCGUCGAGUUUGUAUGGGAUUGCUAGGGAGGAUGCUGGGUUGGAUUUCCGAAACGACAUCGUACGAGCGAGGCCGGAAGAAGGCAACCAACAGGAAGACAAUGAUAUUAGAGUUGAUAGCUUGAUAGGGUCAAAUCUCUCCUAUGGUCUCUCCUAUUUCUCUGGUUGGCUCAUCGAUGUCCGAGAACGUCACCCACCCCGCGCCAGCUUACAAAUCAACAAAUUUCUAGUCAUGGAACCACUUGCAACCGAGAACGUUAUCAUCAAAGGGCAACGUAUUGCGUACGGAGUCUACGGUGCCGCCGAUGCUCAACACCCUGUCGUUCUCGUUCAUGGAACUCCCUCGUCAUCGCUCAUCUGGCGCAAUAUUUUACCGGGCCUACUGUCGCCUGGUAUCAAGAUCUAUGUUUUCGACCUUCUCGGAUACGGGCUCUCGGAGCGUCCCAUAGACCCGUCCGUAGACACGUCUAUAACCGGCCAAGUACCGAUCCUGGAAGGCUUGCUGGCACACUGGGGACUCGACACGUUCCACCUAGUAGCUCACGAUAUUGGCGGGGGAAUUGCACAGCGCUUCGCUAUAUUUUCGUCAGAGCGCGUGCGCUCGUUGACGCUCAUUGACGUUGUGAGCUUUGACAGCUAUCCCUCAAAACGUACUAAAGAGCAGAUGAAAAAUGGCCUGGAUGUGUUGAUAAAGGCAAAGGACGAAGAUCAUCGUGCCCACUUUAGAGCGUGGCUCUUGUCUGCAGUUCAAAACCAACAAAAGCUGUCCGACGGUAUUCUCAAUGUCUAUCUCGAUUACAUCUCAGGCCCAGUCGGGCAGGCCAGCCUGUUUCAACAUCAGGUGAGACAUUAUGAUUCAAAACAUACCAUGGAGGUUGCCAGUCGAUACCACGAGCUCGGUAAAUUGCCUGUGAAACUUGUUUGGGGAGCCAACGACUCCUGGCAGGUCGUCGACUGGGCUCGCAAGUUAAAUGCCGCCAUUCCGGGGUCAAGUCUAGACGUGAUCGACAACUGUGGUCACUUUUCGCCAGAAGAUCAACCCGAGCAAAUAUCCGCAAUCCUGGCGACAUUUUUGAAAGAUAAUUUAUGA